AGGGAAAAUUGUGGAGAGCUGAAGAAUUUUAUUAAAAAACUGGCGUCUCAUCAUCAUGUAAUUAUGAAGAAAAUUGCGAUUGGUCAGAACAUUUCCAGGAAUCAAGUUAUCUAUUUUUGUCAAGGAUUUUGUAUCCAACUCUGCAUUGGAGCAUAUAUUAUUGAGAAUGAGGAGAUGGUGCUUAUCAAACUAAAGCAUGGAAUUGUGUUAGCUUGUGUUAUGAUUGUACUUGCUUUCUUCUGUAACUGUGCUCAAAAUUUACUGGACAAGAACAAUGAAAUGGUCAGUGCUCUCUACGAUUUUGAAUGGCACAAUAAAGAGGUUUUAUUCCAAAAAGACUUUCAAAUCUUGAUGAUGCAAGUUAAUGUGGAACCAACUAUAAAAUUUUUCGGUAUCUUCAAAAUGGAUCAGACAAGUCUUAGCUCGAUUUUCAAAGGAGCUUACUCAUAUUUGAACUUCCUUCAUUCACUUGCGGAGUUCGAAUGA